AUGGGCACACAGCUGAUUAACACUGGAGGAGGCAACGUGAUUCGAGCCAGCCUGGCGCCUGGUACUCACACCAUCAUGCCAUCAGGAGGCACCGCCUCUCGACAGAUUGUAUUACCAUCUGGCCACACUAUGAUCCCCCAGCAGGGCAACACUGGAACCAGUGGCAUGGCCAAGAAUGUUGUGCUCAGACAGUUGAAUCAUCCUAACAUGUCGUCCGUUAUUUAUCAGAGUGGACAAGGGGGUCAACUGAUCCACUCACAGCCAACCUUGAUAUCGUCUGGCUCUGGGCUGCAGGUGGUCAACACAGCUGGGGGUCAUGGCAACCAAGUACAGCUGAUAGCACAGCCUUCACUCAAUCAGGGUGGCAUUGGUCAACAGCAGGGCACAGUGAUGAAUCUGAUCAACAACUCCGGCAACGGUAACCAGAUCACUGGGCUGAUGCCUGGCCAGAAUAUCUUUGUCAAUGGUCAGGUUCUAAGCAUUGGUCAGCUUGGUAGCUUAGGUGUGCCCCAACUUCAGGUACAGCAAAACUCCCAAGGCGGAAUGACUCUGGCUGACAUCAAUGCCCAGUUCCAGUCCUCAGCUCCUCAUUUGGUGAUCCAGCAAGGUGGUCAACAGCAGCAGAUUGUCCUACAGCCAAAGAACAACCCUUCACCUUCCUUCAUGACUAAUGCUGUUUUAUCCCACAGAUUUAUUUCUGGCCUCCCAGGUAAUAAGACGGCUCGAACGCCGACUCCAAAUGCCAGUUCAGCUUCAUCCACACCGGUCAUGACCCCAACGCCGUCCACCCCAACGCCAACUCCGACACCGGAACUCAUUGCUGACUUCACAGGGGGUAAAAGUAGUCAGAGCAUUGACAUUUUUAAGCAGGCGCUGGACAUGUCCGACAUUGACUUGCAAUCCUUUGAGGAUGAUAUCAGCUUUUUGGAUGAUACUGCAGGCUGCUUUUCAUCGAUCACCCCUCAGCCGGCUCCACAGACACCGGCACCACCAGUCAAACCAGCCAUUAAGCCUGCUAAAAGUAAAUCAAAAGCAUCAAAGUCAAGAUCGAAAAAUGUUCAGCCAGUGGUGAAUGUGACUUUACACAACAGCAUUCUGUCCAUGCAGAAUCCGCAGGAACAAAACGUCACUCUGAAUCCGCAGCAAAGAAUUGUUACUGCGAAUGGGCAGGUGUAUGUCCUGUCUGGCAACAAUUUUGUUCUUCAGCAAUCUGCCAGCUCGGCUAGUCAGAUCACUUCUCACAUUACACCAGUUUCGUCUGUAGCAUCGAUUGCGACUGCCACAAAUCGCACACAGAUGAGUGUCUCCCCUGGUUACCAUUUAGACUCGAAAGGACACAUACAACAGGGCCCAAACCCAGCCACUUACCAGAACCUCACUCUGCCCAGGCAAAUAAAAGUUGAGCCUAACACCGUCCCAGUCAGCCUGGGACAGAACAGUGUCUUCUCAUUUUCCGAGUCUGACAGAAAGACUUUCAUCAAGGCAAGUCCUGGGGGUUGUGCAGAUUUCACAGUGACAUCUUCUGCACCUGCGUCUGCUGCCAGGUAUAAUACUUACACAACAGUCAGCUUCAUUAGCUCCCAGCCUACCAUUUCUCCGAGCUCAGCAGAUUCCAACCAGAUGCAGAGUAUGCAGCUGAAGAACCAGAAGAUCUCAACUCUGGGUGGUACUUUUAUUAAACAGACACCAAUAAGUUCUGUGAUUAAACAAGAGAAUCUUACAGACUUUAACCAGCCGGUUUCAAAUUUCCAGUCAUUUUCCUUGCCGGUUUCAAACUUCCAGACUUUUAACCAGGCUGUUUCAGGCGUACAGUCUUUUAACCAUUCGGCGCUAUCACACAUCCAGUCCUCACCACAUAUGGCAGCAUCAGCAACCACUCCUACGACAUCCUACCCUAGCCCCACCUCCAGCUUCAGUGCAGUGUCAUCGCCUGUAGUCAUUUCAUCAGCAUCAUUCUCAGCGGUGGUCACAACCACUACACAGUCUCACCAGAUGACCAUCAUGAGCACAUCACACAUGGCCAGCAGUCAGCAGGGCUUAGUCUCCACCACAAACUCCUACCAGCCGCAUUUGUCUGCCUCAAAGGAGAGAGAUCCAGCGUCUGUUAAGACAAUGAUCCCCAUCAGGAUUGCCGACUGCACCCUGAUGCUGAGUCUUACACCCGGAGAGAAGGAGCGGCUGGAGAGUAAGCUCUCCCAGAUGAGUAAGAAAGAUCAGGAAGAGUUUCUUAUGCACCAGCAAGGUUUGAUCAGGCGCUCCCACCAGAUGCAGGUGGAGCAGCAGCUAAAGCAACAACAGCAGAAACAGAUGUUGCAGCCAAAACACCCACAGCCGCAGGAUUUCCAGCAGCAGGAACCGUCACAGCCACAGAAACAAACCCCACAGAUGAUGCAAUACCUGCCGUCACCUCGCCUGGAUCAGCAACAGCCGCAGUUGUCGCAUGCGGAGAGCUACUCCCCAGUUGCCAGGUUGGCUCAGUCCACCCAGGGGAAUGGUCUUCCUGAGUUGAUGUCGCCACAAAUGUCCCUGGGACUACCAACCACAGUGCAGGAACUCAUGGAAAAACCUGAGGCAGAGCAACAGAUAAGCUUGCAGCCAUUUUCCUCUCAGAAGCCUACAGAUCCGUCACAGCAGCUUCACCAUGCACCAUCCCCUCAGCAGCAGCAGCAGCAGCAGCAAAUGUACCAGAACCUUCAACAGAGAACUGUAUCCUUGCCUCAGACUUGUGGCCCUGUACAAACGUUUGGGGUCGCUCAAAUAGGACGUUGCUUGGCAGAGCAGCAGUUACUGCGAGACCGCAGCCUGGCAAUGGAGCCAGAUGUUAGCACUCCCUUCAAGAGCUUCUCUGAUGCCAUGAGGAGGCUGGUUCGAUACCACACUCUACAGGAUCACAAACCUGAUGAAGGCAGUAAGGCUCAUAAGAUCUGGGAUGCCAGGUACUCCAAACUGUGUGAUUACUUGGUGAGAAAGAAACGUUGCUACAUGAGGAGAUAUCACAAAAUGAUGCUGUAUCGCGAUCUGUGUCUGGACAAGCAGCCAGACUACAUCCAAAAUUUGCUUUGCUUCAACGAGCAGUUACGGGCUGGGAUUGACAGUGACAAGGAAGAGGCAAUCAGCAAUCCAGAUCUUUUUGAUCCAACCAAACCUGGAUACCGUCGCAAUGGACCCGCUACCUCUUUUGAGACGAAGACAGAGGAUGCUGGUUGUUUGAGGAGAGUAGCUACUGAAAGUUGUGUGAUGGAUUCCAAGCAUAGACACUUGAUUUUGAAGCGGAAUAGAUCACCAGUUUCUGAAUAUGGUUCGGAACUUGGAGGGUAUGCCCAAUCUCCUAGUCUUAAAAGAGCUGCCACAGAAAAGGGUCUUACAGGAAUGCUCAAAUUAGUGAUCAAACGGAGAACGCUUGAUAAUUUUAUUGUAAAGAAUUCUGUGGAAGAUGUGAAAGCGUUGCCGCGCGAUUUUCGACCUGUGGUGGAUGUAGAAAAGAGUGAUAGUGAGUAUGAGUUCGACACCAGUGCUGCUGACGUGUCGAAGAAUCAACCAGUGAUUGUCAGGAGACGAACCUUGUCACUGACCUCUCACCAGACCUCGUUUGAUGCGGGCAGUGAGAGCGGCUCUGCCAGCUCGCAUGCUGAAGAAACAGCAGGCCAGUCGUCGGAGGAAGAAGGCGAGAAUUUGGAAGAGGAUGGGGAGGAGAGUGAUGAAGAUGAGGAUUUUGAAGAGAAAAGUAGUGGUGACAACGAUGAGUUUGUCGAUCAUGACCGGAAAACUAAACAGGACUAUAUUUCUUUUGGAGGGGAUAUUGACAGUAAUGAUGUCGAAUGUGACAGCGAUGAUUCCUGUGAUGAAGAUGCCGAUGCUUUGAUGGGAAUAGAUGCAAGAGUAUCCGAACAAGCAUCUCCUUAUUUUGAGGUAAGUAAAACUGGCGCUUCGAAUCACUCAUCCUCUAGUGCUGGUCAUAAUACAGACAUUGGGAACUACCACAGCAAAGACAGUCGGUCUCCUAAUGGCUCCUGCGACACAUCUGCAGCAUCGGAUGUCGCGUUUGACCCUGGUCUGCCAUAUUCUGAUUCAGUCCAUAACAGAGCCAACUGCAAUGACCACAAGAAUGGCGGCUCAGUAAGGGGGAGUGUGGAACAUCGUAAAUUCACAUUUGGAGCAAGCGCAGGUGAUGGCAGCCGGCGGUUUUGUACAACAUCACAUGUGUCUUUACCAGCUGAGGAAGAAGAGGUCGAGUAUGUGGCUGAUAGUCCCGUCAGCGUUCUGGAAAAAGAAGCAGCUAGGACAGGGCUGCCCAGUUCAACCCUGUUUACAACCCCAAACAAAAAUUUGUUAGCAACCGAUGCAAUGUUUAAUUCGGACGAUGAAGAUGAUGUGAGGGGUAGUGCCCGGCUGGUGUCUAAGUUUGAAAUCGACAACAAAGAUCCACAGAGCAGUAUGAUUGAUGAGUCCGUCAGGUCAGUCAUCGACAGCGUACUUAACGACGACGGCGAUGACGACAAUCAUAAAGGCCCUCAGACUAACUGGGCCACGUCCACACACAAACUACAGCCAUCUACUGGCCAUCGGAAUCUUUUUCAUCAUUUCUCUUCAUCAGUUUUACUUCCGUCUGGUCGUGAUUCUAACCGUGACAUUACAGUGCCAAAAAAUCUGAAAAGUUAG